AAACAAAAGAUAUAAUUAGUCUUUCUUAUACAUUAUACAAUGAUAUAAAUACUAUCUUAGCUGUAUAAAACACAGAAUUAUACAAUUGUAUAAUUUUCUACUCAUAUAACUUUUUUUUUAUAGCAUUUGUUGAUUUGCUUUAGUGAUAAAACUUGGUGUUGAUCUUUGAAUUUGAGCUAGUUGGGAUCACCAAGAACUUGCCCAUGAUUGCAAUUUCAGAAAUUUGAGUUCUUGACAUUAAAAGUUUGGAUUUUUUGAGGAUUUGCAUACAAGUGAUUGUGUAUCUAUAGAUUAUAUAUACAGGCUUUUCUUGAAGGGUUUGAGUAUAUAGUGUUUUUUGAUUGUGAUAUGGGGUGUUUUCCAUGUUUUGGAUCAUCAGAAGAUGAUGGUAAAAAUGGAGAGCAAGAAGUGGUAAAAAAAGACUCUUUUAAGGAAGGUUCUGCACCUCAGUCUUAUCACAUGACUAGAGUUGGUUCAGACAAUACUAAAUCUCGAGGUGGUUUUGAUCCCAAGAAGGAACUACCCCUACCGAAAGAUGUACCAACACCCCAUAUUGCUGCACAGACAUUUACAUUCAGAGAGCUUGCAGCUGCAACAAAGAAUUUCAUGCCAGAAUGUUUACUUGGUGAAGGUGGGUUUGGUCAUGUUUAUAAGGGACGCCUUGAAAGUACUGGACAGGUAGUUGCUGUAAAACAGCUUGAUCGGAAUGGCCUUCAAGGAAAUAGAGAAUUUCUAGUGGAGGUUCUAAUGCUCAGCCUUUUACAUCAUCCGAAUCUUGUCAACUUAAUAGGUUAUUGUGCUGAUGGGGAUCAACGCCUCCUUGUUUAUGAAUUUAUGCCAUUGGGAUCACUAGAGGAUCAUUUACAUGAUCUUCCGCCAAACAAAGAGCCUCUGGACUGGAAUACAAGGAUGAAGAUUGCAGCUGGUGCUGCAAAGGGAUUGGAGUAUUUGCAUGACAAAGCAAACCCUCCUGUAAUAUACAGAGAUUUAAAGUCGUCCAACAUACUUCUUGGUGAAGGCUAUCACCCGAAGUUGUCUGACUUUGGAUUGGCAAAACUGGGUCCUGUUGGUGAUAAAACUCACGUCUCCACACGGGUUAUGGGGACCUAUGGUUAUUGUGCUCCUGAAUAUGCUAUGACUGGUCAAUUGACACUGAAAUCUGAUGUUUACAGUUUUGGAGUUGUCUUCUUAGAACUUAUAACAGGACGAAAAGCUAUCGACAAUGCCAGGACUCAUGGAGAGCAUAACCUUGUAGCAUGGGCAAGACCGCUUUUUAAGGAUCGCAGGAAGUUUCCCAAGAUGGCUGACCCAUUAUUGCAAGGUCGUUAUCCAAUGCGAGGACUCUAUCAGGCUCUUGCUGUUGCAGCAAUGUGUUUGCAAGAGCAAGCUGCCACAAGACCUCUUAUUGGGGAUGUAGUAACUGCUUUAACUUAUUUAGCGUCCCAAGCUUAUGACCCAAAUGCGUCUGUGUCUCAAAGCAGCAGAGUUGGUUCAUCUACUCCAAGGAGCAGGGAUCGACGGAGCACCCAUGAUGCUGUAGAUAGUCCAGGUCAUAACGGUUCCCCUACUACACACAAGAACUCACCUGAUUUCAGAAAGAGAGACCUGAUGACAAAUUCCCGAAACGGUGAAACCAGUGGUGGGUCUGGGAGGAGAUGGGCUGUAGAUGACUUAGAGUACACCGAAUCCCAAAGAGAUAGCCCUGUUAGUGCAGGAAGAACUAGAGAACCAAGGAAUCGAGAUUUAGAUAGAGAACGUGCAGUAGCAGAGGCAAAAGUUUGGGGUGAGAAUCUGAGAGAAAAAAAGCAGGGUGGCGCAAUGGAUAGCUUUGAUGCUACAAAUGAGUGACUUUGUAUAGCCUGUUUCGCAGGGUUAUCAUUCAGAUAGAAGAUUGCCAUUACUCCUAUAGAGUACAUUGUGCCAGCUUGGCUUGAAUGUGGUAAAGAAAAGAAAACACAGCUAAAGACAGACCUUACCUGGAGGAAGGUUAUUUUGUAAUUUAUGGUCAUUUUAACCUCAUUGCAUAAUGUGGUGUAACAUCGUAAACUUAUAUGUAAUUAGGGUCUUGGUAGAAUUGAUGCUAUGAAAUGAGAAUGUUGAUUUUUUGA